GGUCAUCUCAGUAAUUUUGUCAUGAGUUUCCUCUAUCUUCGCUUUGUCAGCCAGAUUACCUGUAGAAGUAAAGCUAAGGCAAAAUAAGCAUCUUUUUUGUAUCGAGCAUGAAUUUAAUCUGUUCUACUUUCUUUCACAACAGCCAACGACCUCGCGCUGCCCUACAGCCAGGGAGGCGACGUCAAGCUGCACCACAUUCGGUCGGUUUUGGGGGAACCGCACGACGAAUCUUUACGGCUCCGUCGCCACAAGACCAAGAGAAUUCCGCCGAAGGAGUAAAAUCAAAAGCAGGCUUAGGCUCGGUUUUUGGGCAGUUGUUUUUGCUUUUAUGUUUAGAGCUGUUUGAUGUCUUCGUCCCGGUGCAGUUUUUUAUACAUCACUCAGCUUCGAUCCUCACCCAAUAGUGGUACAUCAAUCAACAUUCUGUUCAUCGUCGCAAAAAGCUGGGAAGUUAUUAGCGCGGAAGAAACCGCUUUUUGUUGCGUUUUUAUCGAUUACAAACAUCAGCUCUCUUUCUAAUGUUACCGUUUCAACAUCAACUCUUGUGCGCGUAAGAAUGAACAAGUUGAAGUUUAGCCAUCAAUUACACCAUCUUCAAUCCUUGUCCUAGGUCAACAUCCUUUCUCCUAGGACGUCCAGGAUCUGAUCAGUUUUGAUAUACCUAUUAUCGCUUUUUUGUUCACGGGAAAAAAGGUCAACAAUACUCACAAUAGUCACCACGGCAACAUUUGUUCUUUCACCUGUAGAAAAUUUUUGGUAUGUUAUUUGCUUCUCUUCGCAGCUCUUGUAGUCGCGUCAUCAUGGUUAUCUCUUGUAUGAAAAUGUACAAUAUGAUGAAGCAGAUAUUGGCUGAAUCUCGAAUGACACACACAGUUGUAUAAACGAUAACCAUUGUGCUACACUAAAAGUAGAUAAG